AUGUCUGAUAUCCGUCGUGAUCGUGAAAAGUCUUUCUCCUUAUCAAAAUGUUCAACAAUAAAUGAACGUGAAAAUAGUAAAGAUGAUUAUGAAAAUAAUCAUUAUAAACGAACAAAUUCAAAUAGAUCAAACGAUUAUUCAGAUUCUCAACGAACACCAACUGUUGAUGGAAAAGUUUAUAUUGGCAAUGUUCCAACUGAUAAUUUAACUGAUAGUGAAUUACUUGAUUUUUUUAAAUCAUUUGGCAAAGUUUCAGAUAUUCGAGUGUAUAAAGGUUAUAUGUUUGUGCAAUAUGAUAGAAUGGAAGAUGCUCGAAGAUUAAUUAAAGAAGGUCAAACAUGUUUAAUGCUUAAAGGAAAUAAACUUGAUGUUUUACCAGCAAUGGAAGUCAGUUUAAAGAAUAGACAAUUAUCUUUAAAUGAAAGAUCUUCGAAAGAUCAUAAAAGGUCUCAACAUGAAUCAUCAAGAAAUUCUCGUCGACAUUCUGAUUAUGAUCGACAAUCAUCAAAUUAUGAACCUCCCAGAAAACGACAUUCAUCAAGACAUCAUUUAGAUGAUCAUCAUCAACACAGAUCUUUUAUUAAUAAAAAUUCAGAUAAUUAUCGAGAUUCAAAUGAAACGGAAAUGAUUAGUGAUCGUCGUGUUAUUAUAUCAUCAUCAAGAUCAAGUUCACAUCGUUUAAGUCGAUCUCCAAAUAAUAAUUCAUAUGAUUCAUCAUCUCGUUAUCAUCAAUCAUGUUAUACUAUUCUAUCAGGACCUGAUAAUCCAAGACAAUUAGUAGAUUGUCAAAUAAUUAUUGUUAAUCCUCGUCAAAGAGGUUAUGCUGAAGAAAUUUCAUCUCGUCUUGUUUGUCAUGGUUUGAUAACAUCAAUAAUACUUCUUCGAGAAGAUUACACAUUAACAGAAGCUAUUGAAAAUGCAGCACAUGAACAAUGUCUUUAUGGAAUAAUUGCUAUGCCAAUGCAUGAAGAACGACGUACUGCAUCUUUUCAUAUUCUUCAUGGACAAACCGAAGAACAUCGUAAUUUAACAUUAGACGAUGGUUAUCAUAUAAUAUUAACAAAUUUUACUUGUUAUAAAGAACGUAUUCGAAAUGAAGAAAUAAAUCGAUAUGAUAAUGAUAAUGUUGAAUCAAUUGUUUAUUCACAAUCAAAAGAAAAUCUUAAUAAACAAAAAUCAAAUUCAUUAAAUGAAUUUCCAUUAUCAUUUGGUGAUAAAUUACCAUUAUCAAUGUUAUUAUGUCUUUUAGCUGAUGGAAGACAAUUAACAUUAGAUGAAAUUGAUCGUAUACUUGUUUAUUUACUUGAAAAAAAAGCAAAAAUGUUAACAUUACCACAAGGAACAUUACCACCAUUACCUGUUCAAUAUGCUAAUGUUAAAACAAAUCAUCAAACAGAUUCAUGUGUUUUAUCUGAUCGAAAUUGUUUAUUAACAAAACAAGAUUUAUCAUCAUCGGAAUUAUCUUCAACAAUAGCUGAACAAAUUCGUCAAAUUCUUUCAACAAAUAUGAUUAAAUCAUCAUGUUUAAAUUCGAAUGAAGAAUUUAAUAUUGAAAAUCGAACAAAAAAAACUUCAUUUGAUUCAUUAUCAAAUAUAACUAAAUAUCAAGAUAAAAAUAUUUCACAAUCAAAUAUACAUUUUAAAGAUGGAAUAAAAGAUUUAAAUGAUUAUCAACAAAUUUUUCAAUCAUCAGGACAAAAUAUUUUAUCACAAGAAAAUAAUAAUCAAUCAUCUUUUUCUUAUACAAAAUCGAAUCAAAAUAGUUCAGCAUUUAUUCCACCAUCAUUUCAUUAUUCAUCAUCAUCAUCAAUACCAACAAAUGAAAAUCAAUCAAAUCCAUUUAUUUCAUCAUAUGAUUCACUUGCUAAUACAUUACCUAUUAAAUCACCAUUAAAACAAACAACAUCAACAACACCAGUACCAACAUCCGAUGUUGUUUGUAAAUCUUCCGAAUAUUUAUAUCCAUCAACAUCAAUUACAAAUCAAAAUCUUUAUCAAACAAUGCCUAAUUCAGCAGCAGCUGAUGCAGCAGCUGCUAUUUUUCAAGCAUAUUCACAAUUCAAUAAUCGAACAACAUCAAUGUCUUCAAUUAUUAAUCAGCAACAACAACAACAACAACAACAACAGCAACAACAAAUUCGAAAAUAG